CUGACUGACACAUUGAGGGCUGACAGCAGACUAUAUAAGCCGAGUGUUAAAGGAGGGAGUGCUGACAGAGACCUGAAGUUUGUCUCUGUACAGCUCAGCCCAGCUCCUGACCACCAACAAUAACUAGCCAUGGAUGAUAUUUACAAGGCAGCAGUUGAGCAGUUGACUGAAGAACAGAAAAAUGAAUUUAAAGCUGCCUUUGACAUCUUUGUCCUGGGUGCAGAGGAUGGGUGUAUCAGCACAAAGGAGCUGGGGAAGGUGAUGAGAAUGCUGGGGCAGAAUCCUACCCCUGAAGAGCUACAAGAGAUGAUUGAUGAAGUCGAUGAAGAUGGAAGUGGCACUGUGGAUUUUGAUGAGUUCUUAGUUAUGAUGGUCAGGUGUAUGAAAGAUGACAGCAAAGGAAAAUCAGAAGAGGAGCUUUCAGAUCUCUUCAGAAUGUUUGAUAAACUGUGGAGACAAAGGGAGCCAACCCAUUGUAGAUUCAGCUACAACAAAGUUGAAGGAACAGACAAGAACAUUUGACAACAUUCACAGCAAGGCAUUGGAAUUUGGAAACAAAUGUAAUGACAACAUUUCACAGUUGGAUGAAAAUCAAACAUUGGAAAUUGACUCUUUGGAAACAACAUUGCCAGUUAAGAGGCAGAGGAAGAAGAAAAGAAUGGCAGAUGAGCUUAUAGAUGAUGAAGGAAAUUCCUCAGAUUCUCUAGUUGAUUUUCAAGUAAAUGUGUUUAACCUAAUAAUGGACCGCAUUGUCCAGUCACUAGAUUCAUGCUUUGUACAACACAAAAAGUUGUAUAAAGAUUUAUCCUGCUUGGACCCAGCAAAGUUUAAAACUAUUGCAGAGAAGGGGCCUUGAAGAUGAAGCCUUGGAAGGUAUUAUUAAGCUGUCUCCACAAAUCAGCAAAGAUCAAGUAAUGUUGGAAUUGUUUUCUUUUGCUUCGAACUUUGAUGUAUUAAAGCUAUUGCUUAAUGAUGGAGAGAAUAUGGAUUCCAGUUGCAACAAGUGUAAAAUUUGUAGUACUUGCCCAUCGUGUGUACUAAAAAUUCUGGCAUCCAACAGACUUCAUGACAAGGCAUAUGCUAACCUUUAUGAACUUUAUAAAGUCAUCUGCAACUAUCAGUUACUCAAGUCCAAUGUGAGAGGACAUUUUCAAAGCUAAAGAACAUAAAGACAAGGCUAAGAAAUUCACUGUCUGAGGAGAACUUGGAAUCAUACAUGUUGCUAUCCAUUGAAAAGGAAUUGUUAGAUGAAUUGGAUGCAGAAGCAAUUAUUGACAGAUUCGCACAAUCAUCUAGUGAACUCAAAUGAUUGCUCUUAAUAUAGUGGACUGUAUGAAAUAUGCUUUUGAACUACCUGUUAAUGUGUAAAAUGUUCAGUACAAGCAAACUAUUUAAAAAUAUCCACCAUUUAUUUUUUAAAAAUUAAAAAAUUAAAAAUUCAGUUAUAACAAUC